AUGCAUUUGAUGUACACGACGGGGCCGGAUGGCAAGCGUAUCUACACCCUUAAAAAAGUGACUGCCUCUGGCGAAAUGACGCGCUCGGCUCAUCCUGCACGCUUCUCGCCGGACGACAAGUUCUCGCGCCACCGCAUCACCAUCAAAAAGCGUUUUGGCCUGCUGCCAACGCAGACGCGCGCGUAA